AAGGGGUGCUCCAAAAACCUUGAAUACAGACCUCGUCGUGGAGUUCGUAGUUAUUUACCCACCAUGCCAUCCGUUACACAGUACCCCUUCGAUUCCUAUCAAAAGAAAAAUACAACACCAGACCGUCCGCUACUCAUCUGCUGCGCCCGACUUGCGCCUCCGCCGAUCCGCCUACCGCCGCCGGCGCUCUCCGGCGAGAUGGACGGGGACGGAGACGCCGGACUAGGCGGCGUGGCGAGGGAGACGCUCGCCGGCCUGGGCGCCGCGCCGAGUGAGCCCCCCGCCGGCCUGGGCGCUGCGCCGCGGGCGGCACCCGCCGGCCUGGGCGGCGCAUCGCGGGCGGCACCCGCCGGCCUGGCCGCCGUGCCGAGGGCGGCCCCCUCCAGCCUGGGCAGCGCAUCGCGGGCGGCCCCCGCCGGCCUGGGCGGCGCAUCGCGGGUGGCACCCGCCGGCCUGGGCGGCGCGGCGCGGGCGGCCCCCGCCGGCUUGGCCGGUGCGCCGAGGGCGGCCCCCGCCGGCCUGGGCGGCGCGCCGUGGAAUGCCCCCGCCGGUCUGGCUGCCGCGCCGAGGGCGGCCGCCGCCGGUCUGGCCGGCGCGCCGAGGGACGGCCCGGCCGUUGUGGGCGGCGUGAUCGACGCGACGAGGGAGGCAUCAGGCAUGGAGCAAGAUGAUUUCGGGGCCCAGGAUGAUGGUGACCAAGGUCUGGCCGUCGGCGGACGAGGUCGUGAUCGUGUCGGUGGACGAGGUCGUGGCCGUGUUGGCCAGGGUGGCGGCCGUGGCCGUGGCUGUGGCGCUGGGCAUGGCAGUGAGAAGGCAUCAAAGAGAAACGCUCCUGACACGGGUGUAUUUGAACGCUUGUACUUCAAUGGACUGUCAUAUGUUAUUCAGGGUGAUUCAAUUGAAUGGACUGAUGCAAACACGACGAUCAUAUGUUCGUUGUUUGCCAAACAAGUUAAGAAAGGGAAUAGACCGAACACUCAUUUGAACUCAGUAGGCUAUGAUGAGGUCAGCAAUGAAUUUUUCAACCUCACUGCAAUUCGUUUGACCAAGCGGCAAAUGAAGAACAAGUGGGAUAAGUUGAAGAUUGAUUUAACGACUUGGAAGAAAUUAAUGAGGAAGCAAACCGGUGCGGGAUGGGACAGAGCGAGAGGUGUGAUUGAUAUGGAUGAUGAGUGGUGGAAGAAGGCAAGGGCGGAGAUUCCAGGUUGCGGCAAGUUUCGAAAAAAACCGUUGCAAAAUGAGGAGGACUUGACAGUGAUGUUUGCUGACAUAACUAAUGAUGAAAGCGAUCAUUGGAAUCCUAUGAGCUCUAAUCCCAUCAUACCACCAACACAAGAGGAUGUUGACAACGGACAUGUCAAUGAGGUUCAUGAUGUCCCUGAUGAUUGUGAUGAUGGCGGAGUUGCUUGGGAUGAAACAGAUGAGGUCCAAGAGGAAAGUGAGAGCGAUAGUGAUGACUCCAAUGAUGAAAGCGAGGUCUUUUGGAAUCUUAUGUUGGGUGCUGCAGAAAUUGCACAAAUAUAUGCUGACCUUUACCUUGUUAAAAACCCACCAAGGACAUCUGGUGUAAGUGGAACAAGAUGGCUGCUAGAGACAAUGAAAAGUCCUGGAGAAUGUCAUACACAACUACGUAUGAACAAUGAAAUCUUCUUGGAUCUUCAUGGUGUGUUGGUGGGAAGGUAUGGGCUGCGACCUUCUAUGCACAUUAGCACAAAAGAGAUGCUUGCUAUGUUCCUAUACACAUGUGCUGGAAACGAGUCUAAUAGGAGAGCUCAAAAUAGAUUUAAGCAUUCUGGCGAAACUAUUAGUAGGAAAUUUGAUGAGGUGCUAAAUGCUUUGAUGGCUAUGGCGAAAGAUUUCAUUCGACCAAAGAAUCCCAACUUCCCCACAGUCCAUAAGAGGAUAAGACAUGACAAACGUGCAUAUCCACAUUUCAAAGAUUGCAUUGGUGCACUUGAUGGCACUCAUAUCCGUGUUGCUCUUUCACCUGAUGAGCAAGUGAGAUAUAUUGGAAAGACCGGGGUAGCCACUCAAAAUGUACUAGCGGUAUGCGACUUUGACAUGCGUUUCACUUAUGUUUCCACGGGACAACCUGGAGCUAUGCAUGAUACAAGUGUGUUGUACAAUGCACUCAGAGUGGAUGAAGAAUUUUUUCCACAUCCUCCACAAGGCAAAUACUACGUUGUGGAUGCGGGAUAUCCUAAUCGUCCUGGCUACCUCGCUCCUUACAAGGGUGAAAGGUAUCAUUUACCGGAAUGGCAUAGAGGUAUUGAACCUAAGACGCCUAUGGAAAGGUUCAAUCGGGUUCACUCAUCUAUCCGCAAUGUGAUUGAGCGAUCUUUUGGACUAUUAAAAAUGAAGUGGCAAAUUCUUUGGAAGAUGCCACUAUAUCCCAUGUACAAGCAAAAGAUGAUUGUUGUAGCUACCAUGGUCCUUCACAAUUUCAUUCGUGAGCAUGGAGGUCAAGAUGAAGACUUUGCUCGGUUUGAUCGUGAUCCUAAUUUUGUUCCUAACAAUACCGGAAAGAUAUAACAAAUAUGCAAUUUCGCAAGCGGCGUCAGAUGGGUCAACUUCCGCACUCAACGCGCCAACUAUGGAUGUCUUUUGUGAUGAGCUAGCCACCGCACUCUCUCUUGCUUGGAACUAGUUUGUAUUGGAAAGAUUGAUUUUGUACCGUAUUUGUUGCGACCUUUCAUUCGGUACAACGUUAUUUGGUUCAAUAUUUUUUGCCAUGGGAUAAAAA